GGUUUUGGACAAAGUUUCAUCGUUUUCUGCAUUUUUAUUGUGUCGGCGGCCGGAGCCAGCUUCCAUUUUCCAAUCCUAACAAAGUCCAGUAUCCGAUUCUCCUUUACCCAAAAAUCCACCAGCCGGCGAGAGAGAGAGAGAGAGAGAGAAGAGGUAUGUCGAGGCCGGCUCGGAGCGACGCAUAUCUGCCACCGGAGGAGGCGGCGAAGAUAGAGGCGGAGGCGCGGGAGUACUUCCAAGGGUUUGCCCCCAAGCGCCACUCCAAGCCCUCCCGGAGCGAAUACUCCUCCGUCUACUCCGACGCCUUCCACCCUUCCGAUCAAGAUUUCAUUCCCGAGAUCGACAAACUCCGAGAUCUCCAGGCCGAUCCCCAGAGACUGGUUUGCGAUGGAGGUGGAGCGGUAGAGGAAUACGUGGAGACGGAGUAUUACACCGAAAUGAACUGCAUCGACAAGAAACACCACACGACUGGAACAGGAUUCAUCAAGAUGGAGAAAUCCAAUGGGAGCUCCAUUGACCUGACACCAGUCUCUCCUGCAUCUGGCGGCAAUAUGCCUUACAAGGGAAAUCCAGCAACAAACGAAUGGAUUCCAUCUGCUGAUAUGGUGGUUCCAAUCUCAAGCAAGCCUAAUAGAAGUGACAACUGACUUUGUUUGAUCAUGGAUGCCUUAUCGUCUAGAGAUCUCUCUUCCAACAAUUUGGCAUGGUAGCGUAUGAGUACUUGUAUGUUCCCAGAAGAUGCAAACACUGUGUGCGAGAGUAAGUGCAAUUUUAAUGGCUUGAUGUACUGCAAUCUUUCCGUUGACAUGCAGCUCGUUUGUUUAUGAAAAUGCCGUCCUGAUUAAAAACUCCUAAUCAAUAGAUACGCUAGCAUCAGAAUUCUGUGAA